ACUUCCUGUUUGUCCUGUUGACCCAGAAGUGUUCCAUCUCUGCCAAGGCGGCCAUACCUAUUUCAUGGUGGUGACCCUAGGGGUACAGGUAAAGAAUCCGUUGGCUGGUGGUUGAUGGCUCUUUAUGGUGUUACAUCUGCCCUAGGCUGCAAUCUUCCUCUACCUGAUGGGUGGCUGGUCACGAUCAUCUGUUUUGGGGCUAUAUCGAGCUCUCCUGAGGGCAGGACACCACCUUCAGUACACUGACAGAGAUUAUUACCGCUCUGUUGUCGCACGCGAGUUUCGCCGCAGUAAGAACUUGUCCUCUCUGGAGGACAAGGAGAGAGCUUUUCAGAAGGGACUGUUCUUCUUAAACACCAAGCUAGGUGGACUUGUUUAGGUCAACA